CACCACUUUAUUAUUCUUCUUUACCCACACUCUUCUAGCUAAUCUAUAGCCGCCCCAGCUCUCACAGUCAAAUCCAUCGUUGACCGUCCACGCCCCCCUUGCCUUCCCAUUUACUCCCCCCCAUCUCCUUCUCUGUAUAAAUCCACCCCCCCUCCUCUCUCUUUUUCAUGCUCGCUUCCUUUUUCAAAAAGUAAAAGCUACAAGAAGUUUUUUUCUUUAAUUAUGGCGCCUAGAGAGAAGACGGCCGCCGUUAAAGCUAGCGGAGGCGGAAUUGUUGGUGGUGGUGGAGGAGGCAAGGAAGUGCAUUUUAGAGGAGUGAGAAAGAGGCCGUGGGGAAGGUACGCUGCCGAGAUAAGAGACCCGAGUAAGAAGAGCCGGGUUUGGCUUGGCACUUUCGACACGGCGGAGGAAGCUGCACGUGCCUACGAUACUGCCGCACGUGAGUUCCGUGGCUCUAAGGCAAAGACUAACUUUCCAUAUCCAUCAUGCGAGAACGUUAAGAAAAACGUUCUCUCUAUCGACAGCAACAAGAAAGCUGCCAGCAAGAAUAACAGUGGUGGUGGUGGUGGUAAUAAUCAGAGUCCCAGUCAAAGUAGUACCGUGGAGUUUUGUAGCAGUGAUGCACCGUUGGAUCUUAAUCUUGGUCCCGCUGUAUCCACCGUUAGAUUGCCGUUUCAGCCGAUGGCGAUGAAUCAACAGCAGGUGGUUUAUUUUGAUGCAUUUAUGAAGAGUCAAUACCGAAGGAUGGUUUUCGAUCAUGGGUAUCAUCAUCAUCCUAACCAGCCGGUGAUUUUUUCUUGCGGUGGGGUCUUGAGUGAUUCUGAUUCAUCCUCUGUCGUUGAUUUGAAUCAUCAAGAUGUCAAGACUCCGAGAAGAUCUGUUGAUCUUGAUCUUAACCUUCCUCCCCCACCGGAGAUUGCAUGAUUUUUUAGAAAAAAUUUUGGCCUUUUUUUUAUUUUUAUAUUAGAAAAGAUUAGAAAAAGACCCACAAAAAAAGUGAGAGAGGUUAAUUAUGUGAUCUGUUAGUUUUUUCUUUUUCUUUUUAACGUAUGUGAAUACGUAUUGGCAGAUCUCUUUUUUAGCAACAGUGAGGGAAACUCUGUUUCUUUACUGUUGUUUGUUGAAAAACACUGUAUCACUCUUUUUAUUGAACUCUUUAAUCAAUAGAUUAUAACCUUAAUUUCUCCCAA